UAAUCAUAAUUUAUCAAAUCAAACAAAUCAUUCAGACUUUAAUUUAAACAAUCAACCAAAUAAUCAAAAUAAUAAUCAAAAUCAUUCAAAUUUGCAUAACAAUAAUACCAAUCAUUCAAUUCAUUCUAAUAAUAAUCAAUCAAGUCUACUGCAUUCUACUCAUCAAAAUCAACCCUUACCAAAUUCAAAUCACCAAUCAAAUAAUCAACUGCCUCAUCUGCAAGAUUCUUUACUACAACACAACUUACAACAAUCUCAUCAGCAAGCUUCCCCUCAAUCAAUGGAUGAUUCUUCUCGUCCUAAUUCAAUCUCAAUGAAUAUCGAUGAUGAAGCUGAUGCUAUGUAUAUUGAUGAUCCCGCUCGUCAUUUAUACGUUAUGGAUAAUGAUGAAUAUAAGCCUUUCAGAUGUCCAGUCAUUGGUUGUGAUAAAAACUAUAAAAAUCAAAAUGGUUUAAAAUAUCAUCGUUUACAUGGUCAUCAAAAUCAAUUAUUAAAAGAAAACCCCGAUGGUACAAUCUCUAUUAUCGAUCCUGAAUCAAACACUCCUUACCUAGAUGUUGCCGCUUUAGAAAGAGAUAAACCUUAUCGUUGUGAAGUUUGCGGUAAACGUUAUAAAAAUUUAAAUGGUUUGAAAUACCAUAGAGGUCAUACUACUCAUUAAUACUUUGUUAUGAUUAUUUUUAUUCUUUUCUCUCCGUUAUAUGUUUCCCUCCUUUUUUC